AUGUUGCGUCGUCAAGCCCGUGAGCGCAGAGAUUACCUCUAUCGGAGAGCUCUGCUGCUCCGCGAUGCCUCUAUCGCGGAGAAAAGAGCACAGUUAAAGGCUUCGCUGGCCUCGGGAAAACCUCUUGACCCCUCCAUCGCAGACGAUAAAAAGCUUCGGGAGGACUUCAAAUAUGACGAAUCCCUCCCCACUGCCGAUAAGAAAAAUAAAGACUCGGAUUUGCUGGACCUUGACGAUGAAUAUGCCCUGACCUCCGGAAUUGUCGACCCCCGGCCGAUUGUGACGACCUCUCGUUCCCCCUCGGUGCGCCUGAACACAUUUGCCAAGGAAAUCCGUCUACUCUUACCGACCUCCAUCCGGUUGAAUCGAGGAAAUCUUGUUCUUCCCGACCUGGUAUCCAGCGCCAACGCUGCCGCGCUGACAGAUAUGGUUUUAUUGCACGAACACCGAGGUACCCCUACUGCGAUGACCAUCUCUCAUCUUCCGCAUGGCCCAACUGCGAGUUUCUCCCUGCACAACGUUGUUCUUCGCGCAGAUAUUCCGAAUGCGGCUCGUGGAACGGUGUCGGAAAGUUACCCUCAUCUGAUCUUCGAGGGUUUCAAAACGAAGCUGGGUGCCCGUGUGGUUCAGAUUUUGAAACACCUUUUCCCUCCACGGGAAGCGGGUAAGGUCGGCAACCGAGUUGUUAGCUUCGUGAAUAAGGAAGAUAGCAUCGAGGUGCGACACCACGUUUUCGUGAAGACGGGCUAUCGGGAUGUAGAGCUGGCGGAGGUUGGGCCUCGGAUGACUAUGAGACUGUUCGAAAUCCGUGGUGGAUCCAUGGAGAAAGGUUCGAGCGGUGAUGUCGAAUGGGCCCUUACGCAAUACACGAGGACAAGCAAGAAGAAGGACUACUUGUGA